GAGGAGCAGACACGCAGAGACGGCACAAGCAUUCCAGCUGCCUGGAGAUGCACGCUGGGCUCCCUGUCUGGAGGCUCCCGGUUCAAGAACGGAGGGAAGCAGGCAGAGCCAAGCACACCGGCGGGAUGGAAAGAGCUUUCUGGAAUCUCUGUUGUCUUCUAACUGACUGGGCACUAUGGGGCUCUGGCUUGUAGCCCGUCCUGUAGGAGUAAAGUGCAACCUGCUCUUGGCAUUUCUCUCUGUGUAGCCACAUUGGGUGAAAUCUUUUUUCUUUGAGAGCAGAUAUUGCACAAAGAGACGAGCGCCAUUCAAGGAAAGUGAAUAGAGUGCGCAAGCACAAUGGAUGACCCGUGUGCAGUUUUGUCAGAUUAUUUUGACCUGCCUUUGUCAAAUUCAAACUAUUCUUCUUGGAAUCAAAGCUGUGAUUAUACAAGCCUGUUGUGGGCUGGACAACGUGUGGAGACAGGUGACCGAGCCUAUUUCACUGCCCGGGUGUUCAUUGGCAUGUCUCUCGCCUGCAUUAUGCUCACCUGCGGUGUGGGCAAUUUCCUCUUCAUUGUUCUCCUGAUCCGCUGCAGCAAGUUACGCACUGUCACAAAUUUGCUUAUUGCAAACCUGGCUGUGUCUGACUUGAUAGUUGCGGUUAUUUGCUGCCCUUUUGAAAUGGACUAUUAUGUGGUGAAAGAGCUGUCCUGGAGCUUUGGUCAGCUGCUCUGCUCUUCAGUCAACUAUUUGCGAACUGUGUCUCUCUACGUGUCUACAAAUGCAUUACUGGCCAUUGCUGUUGACAGGUACCUGGUGAUUGUGCAUCCAUUGAAACCUCGCAUGAAGUAUCAGACAGCUUAUUGUGUGCUAGCUGGAGUCUGGCUCAUCUCCAUUCUCAUUGCCCUCCCAUCUGCCUACUUCACCACUGAGACCAUGUUUGGUACAUUCAAGGAAGCUCCAGGAGUAACAAACCAGAAGGUGUAUUGUGUUCAGAUUUGGACAGCUGAUAAAGCACUCUUUUACAAAUCCUACUUUCUUUUUCUGUUUGCUGUGGAGUUCCUUCUCCCAGUAGUGGCCAUGUCCUGUUGCUACAUUCAAAUAUGCCGUGAGCUCUGGUUUAAGGACCUUCCAGGGAUCCAGACAGAGCAGCUUCGCAACCGCCUGAGGGCUAGGAGGAAAACGGUUUUGGUCUUGGUGGGUAUUCUGACCAUGUAUAUCCUCUGCUGGACACCAUACUAUACCUUUUCUAUUGUCAGGGACUUCUUUCCCAGUCUGCUUCUCAAGGUGACUCACUCUGUGUCUCUCUACUAUGUGGUUGAAUGUUUUGCUAUGAUCAAUAGCGUAAUCAAUACCAUUUUCUUUAUCUUCAUCAAGAACAACACAGGCAAAUAUGUCAAAAAAGUCCUGCUGCGGCGAUGGAAGCCAGUGCAAGCACCGGAGAAGACAGCGGUGGAUUGUCCUUCAUCAUUACAGCCAGGGAUUGAGUGACGUGAACAGCUUUUUUUCUUGAGAUAAUGCAACAGACAAUCACUUUUUUCUUAACUUUCACACAACUUUGAUUCUUGGGAAGUUGUGCAUUUUAAAUUCUUCCUAUAUUUAUUAAGUAGCUAAACCGUUAACAAAACUGGAU